CUUCCAGAACCAACCAAUAAAACACAACCAGUACUAAAGGCUAAAAACCAGACAACUCCAAACCCACCAUUACCAUGGCUUUAUCUUCUCACUCCCACACAAUCCUCACUACCACUCCCUCUUCCUCCUCACAUUCACUCCCAAAACUCCUCCAUCUUCCCCAGCACCAUUCCCUCUCUUUCCCAAUCAAACCCACCACCACUCAAUACACCCAAAAUCUUUCUACAACCACCACCUCCCCUGUCUCUGACAAGUGGAGAACCCAUGUCUCUUUCUUUCCCGCUUUCUUGAACAAGACCAGGGAUGCCAAACCCAUCAAAGAAGAACUUCUCGAGGCCAUUGCACCGCUCGAUCGUGGUGCCGAUGCCACUCCUGAAGAUCAGCAAAGAAUUGAUCAGAUUGCUCGCAAACUUGAAGCAGUCAAUCCAACAAAGGAGCCACUCAAAUCUGAUUUGCUAAACGGAAAAUGGGAACUUAUAUACACAACUUCAAAAUCAAUUUUGCAAACCCAGAGACCCAAACUCCUAAGAUCAAGGACAAACUACCAAGCAAUCAAUGUGGAUACACUAAGAGCUCAAAAUAUGGAAUCUUGGCCGUUCUUCAACCAGGUGACUGCAGAUUUGACACCACUGAAUGCAAGAAAGGUGGCUGUAAAAUUUGAUUUUUUCAAAAUUGGAGGCGUGAUACCUAUUAAAGCUCCUGGAAGAGCUCGAGGUGAACUGGAAAUUACUUAUUUGGAUGAAGAAUUGCGAGUAUCAAGAGGUGACAAAGGGAACUUGUUCAUCUUGAAAAUGAUUGAUCCUUCUUACAGAGUCCCAGUUCCAGCCUGAUGCACUCAAAAGUGCUGCCUUAUGAGAAUAGAUGGUGUAUUUCUUCCACAUAUACUCUUCCGCAUAGUUGCUCCUACAUUUCCUUGUAUAUUGUGUGUAUGUCUCUUGUAUAAGGGAAAUCUGAAAACUUACAUAGCUGCCUUUUUUUUUUAUUUUUUGUUUCCCUUUUCUUUUGUUCUUAUUUAAUCAUAUAUAAAUUUUUGUUGUUAUAUGUCUUUCGAGUUUUGUAAUGACUAUCCAAUAUAUGAAACCAAAGGGGCUCAAUGCAGCCUCUAGUUGAUGAUGAUGAUUCAUUAUAUUAGGCCAUCAAUUCAAAUAUUAGUUUGUCA